AUGAAGUUAUCAGCUGUCGGUCUCAUUUUCGGCCUCUUCGCCCUGGCCAGCGCAAAGUGCUACAACUGCAUUUACGACAACGGUGCACCUCCAUGCGGUGCAUGCCCCAGUGCUAUGCCCAACGGAUGUGCUGGUUGUAUUGGCGGUUGCCCUGCUGCGUAA